UUGCCAUUCAGAUGACUGGAGGAAAAUAAGCCCCCUUCAAAGGCACAACACAGAAACACUGCAGCCUUGAGUAUUAACAAGCAAAUUGCCUGAGCAUCAAAGGGUACAAGGAGAGAAUGGAAACUUCCUGUGCAGCAUACGGGGAUGUGCCUUUGCUGUCAUUGUGUCUGUAUGUUCAUGCAUGUGUGUGCGCGUGUGCAUUCUUUCACUUUACCGGAGCAGCUAACACUCAUACGCUCAGGCGGCAUGAUGUACGUAGUCCACUAAGAGUUGUGGAUAAGUGGAGAUGGGAACUUACUGGGUGCCUGCGACCCUCCUGCUCCUCUUCGCCUUUGGUAGGACUCACUCAGAGGAACACUGUAAGUACACAGACAGCGACCAAAUUGUUCGACGAGUGACAGUUCAUGGCAGUGUUAUAGUACCCUGUCCCAAUUUCAGAGCACAGGCGAUGACAUUUAAAUUGUUCAAGGGCUCAACUGUCAUCGCGAGUAAGUCAACUGAGAAUGCUCAAAAAAUGACUGAAGAAAAGAUUAGUCUAAGAAUGAAUAUGGAGAACAAGACGUGCUUUGUCCUUAACAAUGUGACUAUGGAUCAGACUGGUCUGUACACCUGUGAGGCAGAUAAGACCUACCCUCCUCCCAUGGUAAAAGUGGUGGAGAAACCUCAGGCCAUCGUGAUAGUUGACGAACCGCAACGUCCCAACGUCCGGGAAUAUGAGCUUCCCUUGUGGGUGGGCCUUGGAGUGCUUACCAUAUAUAGCUUGAUAACCACUUAUAUUGCUUUAGCACUUAGGUUCCGCCUAAGGAGAAAGGACUUUACAAGGCAUGAUUAUAUAAAUAUGAAGCCUAUAGUGCGACGGAAGAAGCAGAGGAUCCUUCACCCACCGCGGUUGAGCUGGUACAGAGAUCCUGCAACUAGCACUAUGUCCUGCAACAAACACCCCUCAACGCGAGCAACUCAUUAAACCUAGCUCAUGCACUAAAUGCCCAGCAAACGCCAAGCUGGGGCAUACCCUGAGACAGCAGAUUCAAUCUGUUAUUUUGUAAUUCUACAGAAUAUGUAGCAAAACGGUCAUGUUUCUUUUUCAGUGCAUCUUCCUUCUUUAACUGUUAAGGUUUUGUAUGAUUUUGUAGAUAAUAAAUAUUAAGAUUAAACACUUA